UUUUCCAGCACCAAAGCCACAGUAGGGACCAAACCCACUCCCUUUUUUCCCCCUUUUUUAAGGAAAGGCUUCAAGCUUGUCAUCCUGGAUGAAGCUGAUGCCAUGACCCAGGAUGCCCAGAAUGCCCUGAGGAGAGUGAUCGAGAAGUUCACGGAAAACACCCGGUUCUGCCUCAUCUGCAACUACCUGUCCCGGAUCAUCCCCGCCCUGCAGUCCCGCUGCACCCGCUUCCGCUUCGGGCCCCUCACGCCGGAGCUCAUGGUGCCGCGGCUGCAGCACGUCAUCCUGCAGGAGGGGGUGGAUGUGACGGAGGACGGGCUGAAGGCUCUGGUGACCCUCUCGAGCGGGGACAUGCGCAGGGCCCUCAACAUCCUGCAGAGCACUUCCAUGGCCUUUGGGAAGGUGACGGAGGAGAAUGUCUACACGUGCACGGGACACCCCCUCAAGUCGGACAUCGCCAACAUCCUCGACUGGAUGCUCAACCAGGACUUCUCCACUGCCUACCGAAAAAUCACGGAGCUGAAGACGCUGAAGGGCUUGGCCCUGCAGGACAUCCUGACCGAGCUCCACCUCUUCGUGCACAGAGUGGAUUUCCCGCCCUCCAUCCGCAUCCAGCUGCUGAUCAAGAUGGCAGAUAUCGAGUACCGGCUGGCCGCUGGCACCAGCGAGAAGAUCCAGCUGAGCUCCCUCAUCGCUGCCUUCCAAGUCACCAGGGACCUGGUGGUGGCCGAAGCCUGAGUCCUGCUGGGUGGAUCCUGGCUUGGAUCUUGCUGGAGAUGGAAGGGAUGGAGCUGGACCUGCUCCCUGCAGCCUUCCCUUCCCAUUUCGGAAGCCUGGAGCCCGCAGCCAGGACACAGGAGUGUUAUUCCCAGGAAAUACAGGUGCCUCUAAAGCCCA